UGUCUGAAAAGAGCACGAUUGGAGUGGUUUCCAUUAGAAGAGAAUCUGAACAGAUAUGAAACACAACACUUAACGAGUUUAUUCCCUAACUUGCUUUACACAAAGAAGCCAUUACAAGAAAAGGCAACCAUAAAGCUAGCAAAGGGUCCAGCAGAUGGCGCAGUAUUUACAAAACAGCGUUAAUCUAGAAACAAACGGAAGGAGGAAGAAGAUUCUGGAAGUGACUGGAAAUAAUCAGGCACUUUAUAUACAGUAUACAGAGCUUGCUUGCUGUCUGAGAAUAAGACUGACUGACAGAGGAUCGGGGUUCCCACAGCAGAAGGCAGGAUCCAAGGAGUAUCUGAUCAAAAUAAUUUAUCUAGAAAGCCAAAGAUAAGGAUUUGCCAUGGCUGAUGGAGGGAAUGAGGGAAGGCCGCAUCGGCAAAAUCUUCAGGGACUGCUUCAUAUGGCCAUAGAAGCUGGCACAGAAUCCGACUCCACAAACCAGAUGGGACAGAUGUCUGAAGAGAGGAGACAAUGGCUCCAGGAAGCAAUGAGCAGCGCUUUUGCAGGCCAGGCAGAUGAGGUUCAGCAAAUGAAAGAAUGUAUUCAGGAAUUGAGCAACGAGACAAGUGGAGAGGAUCAGGAGGAACGGAAGGAGCAGGCUCUGGAGCUGCUAGCUGACCUCUGUGAAAACCUUGACAAUGCUGCUGAUUUUUGCAAGUUGGGUGGUAUGCAUUUGUUGCUGAGUUGCUAUUUGAAUUGCCCGGAGGAAGGACUGCGCUGGAGAGCUGCUGACCUGAUUGGCAUUUGCAGUCAGAAUGUGCAACUUGUUCAGGAGACUGCGCUGAGCCUUGGAGCUGUGAAUAAACUCUUGAAAUUGGUGGACCUUGACAAAAAUGAAGCGGUCAGGAUAAAGUCCCUUUUUGCCAUUUCAUGCUUGGUACGGGAGCAGGAAGCUGGUCUUACGGAGUUUGUAAACUUGGAUGGGUUCUCUGUGUUAAUGCGUGCCAUGCAAAGCAACGUGCUCAAGCUGAAAGUUAAAUCUGCUUUCUUAUUGCAGAACUUACUGCUUAGUCACCCAGAGCAUAAAGAGACGCUGUGGUCCAUGGGAAUGAUACAGCAGCUGAUUUCUUUGCUUCACACAGAACACAGCCCUUUCCAUGAACAUGUGCUAUCAGCCCUCUGCAGUUUGGUAACAGAUUUCCCAAGGGGAGUGACUGAAUGCCGUACCCCUGAUUUAGCUUUUGAAGACUUCCUUAAAGACCGAUGUCAACUGAUACAAAAACAAGAGGAGUUUCAGGAAGAAUUGGAAUUUUGUGAGCGCCUUCUAAAGAUUUGUUUCCAGAACGUUUCAGAUGACAAUAAUAUGGACCGGUGAUGAAAUUUACCUAAUUAUUGGUAAAUUACAAAGAAAAAAAUAGAGCAUGCCUGACAUUUAGAAAUGGCUCAAUCUGGACACUCUUUGUUUCAAAAGAGUAGUCUGGGAU